AUGUCAGCCAGAAAGGGCUAUCUUCUCCCCUCGCCAAAAUACACCACAAUGUCAUGUUCGGACACUCCGUCAGGAAAUGCGUUUUUAGUGGAUUCUCUGAUCAGUGGCCGCAGCGACAGCGGCGGAGGUCACUACACUGGGAGCGCGGUGUGUGUGCCCCAUAGCACCGCUACAGACGUGCCUUACGGACUACACAACUAUGGAUACUUCCCAGGUAUGGGUAAGCGCAGCGAGGUGCCCCCCCAAAACAUGGUUUCCGCCUCAGGCGCGUACAUGUCCAGCAUGGAAAUGUGGAUGGACGCGCAGAGGUCAUGUCGAAUGGACCAAGAGCACCCGGUGGGUCCCCAGGUCGCGCCCUGCUCGUUCCCGCAAAACAUUAAGGAAGAGAGCACCUACUGCUUGUAUGAGCAGCCGAAGUGCCCUAAAGCCUCCACUGCUGAAGAUCUUACAUAUUCGAGGUUAACAGCAGCCGGCCUCGGCUCGAGUUCUUGUACAGUUACCGAUGGCGGUGGUGUGGGCUCUGUGCCUGUGCCGGGCUACUUCCGCUUGUCUCAGACGCACGCACAUUCUCAUAAACUUUACAACACCAACGGCCCCCAGCCGAACCCUUCCCAUUCUCAUUUUGGCCUACACCCCACUGCUCCAGCUCGCUUCCACACGCCACCAGCCUCGACUUCUGCUCCAGCCACGGCGCAGGAAGGCAGGAACACCGAGGAGCCCGUGCCCUCUGGAAACGCAGACCUGCAGCCUCACGCUGCUCCGGGUACAGAGGAGGCACCCGAGUCCUCGGAUGCAGAACCCUCAUCAGCUGACGAGACAGAAGAUCACGAUAAAGAGAGACCAGCAAAGUCCACUAAAGGUAAUCACAGAGACAAAAAAAGUGAAAACACGGCCAACUGGCUGACAGCAAAAAGCGGCCGGAAGAAACGCUGUCCAUACACCAAGCACCAGACACUGGAACUGGAGAAGGAGUUCCUCUUCAACAUGUACCUGACCCGAGAGCGCCGCCUAGAGAUCAGUAAAAGCGUCCACCUGACGGACAGACAGGUUAAAAUCUGGUUCCAGAACCGCAGGAUGAAACUGAAGAAAAUGACGCGGGAAAACAGGAUCCGGGAGCUCACCUCCAACUACGGAUUUUCAUGA